CCCACGCCUUUUCUUACUUUCGAAAUGUAAGGUGAUCCCUCUUAGUUUCCCUGUAACUCGGUAGGUUGGGUUCAAGGAAGUUCAAGGCGUCAAGGUUUAGCUACUAUAUACAGCCAACUAUGAAGAACAUACUCGCCCUGAGCGCACUCCCGCUAUUGUCACUGGCGGGAGCUGCUGCUAUUGAACCGCGUGAUGAACCUACCUACGACGCCAUCAUUAUCGGAGGAGGUCCGUCCGGUCUGAGUGCCCUGAGUGGUCUUGCUCGCGUGCGAAGGAAUGUUCUAUUAAUCGAUUCGGGAGAGUACCGAAACGGCCCCACUAGACACAUGCACGAUGUCCUCGGUUUCGACGGAGUCACACCAGCCUACUACCGCUGGGCAGCCCGUCAACAAAUCUCCCACUACGAAACCAUAACCACAGUCAACGGCACAGUCUCCAGCAUCGAAGCACUAAACAACAACACCCAAUUCAACGUCGCCACCACCUACCUAAACGGCAGCACCAGCACCUCCAGCACCAAGAAAAUCGUCCUAGCAACGGGUCUCCGGGACAUCCUCCCCUCAACCCCGGGCUUACAGGAGAACUGGGGCAAAGGCAUAUUCUGGUGUCCGUGGUGCGACGGUCACGAACACGAAGACCAAUCUCUUGGUCUACUCGGUCCGUUACAAGAAGCCGCGGACCUAGUCCGCGAGAUCUCAACGCUGAACUCGGAUAUUAUUGCUUUUGUUAAUGGAACGGAUACACCCGACGCGCGCGCGGCUGCGGAGAAGAGUUUCCCGAAUUGGGAGAAGUACCUCGAGAUCCAUAAUGUGACCGUUGAGAACCGCACUAUCGCGCGUAUUAACCGACUCCAAGAUGGCGGGGCUCAUCCCGCGGACCCGAGUUUGCCGACUGCGCCCGAGUAUGAUUUGUUCAGUGUGGAUUUUACUGAGGGCGAGUCGGUACAGCGCGCUGCUUUCUUUACGAGUUUUCCUGAUGAGCAGAGAUCUGAUGUUGGGGAGAAGAUGGGUGUGCAAUUGUAUGGAGGACGACUUGCUGCUGAUGAGACGAAGGGGCUUGCUACGAAUAUCCCCGGUGUGUAUGCUAUUGGCGAUGCGAACUCGGAUAAUGUGACGAAUGUGCCGCAUGCACUGUUCACUGGUAAGAGGACUGCUGUUUACCUGCAUGUCCAACUUGCGCGUGAGGAAGCUGACAAGGAACUCGCUGGAAACGGAACCACUGUGGCUAGACGUGAGGAAGACCUUGACCUGCGGUCUGUCUGGGAGAAGAUGAACCCCAGAGACAUCCUCUACGCUGGUGAAUUUGACCAGUAAUCGUAAUCCAUCAUACUUAAUAAUUAUAGGAUUUUGGGUAUAUGGUAUGGGUUCGGGAAAGAGAAAAGGGGAUACCAUAGAUUUUUAGCGUUUUGGAAUUGAUGCAUAUGGAUAGCAUUUAAUUGAGCUCUGAUAUUUUGCCGCAAA